CCUCGUCCCUUCACUGGUUUCGCCCGGAACCAUUGCUUCCGUGCCUGAAACCCUCACGGCACAGUCGCAACUGAAGCUAACUGGGUAGAAGAACGUACAGAUAUCUUCCCUCUCUACUGCGCUUCUACCCAACUAACCUUCGUCUUUCUAACUUCCUUCUUCCCAACCUCCUUCUCGCUUCAGCUCCGCUAAAUCUCAUAGAUCCAUCUUCCAACGGGAUUAAGGCAAACCGCAAAAGAAACGGGAUUUAAGAACCUGACAAAGGACGAAGGGAUCGGUUCUCUCAUAUUGAAACUAAGAUGAGGGGUGGAACGAUCCAGAUCAACUGGCAUGAUACCAAGCCAGUUCUAACCCUAGAUUUUCACUCCCUUACGGGAAACUUAGCCACGGGAGGCAGCGACAAUGAUAUCAAGCUUUGGGUCAUUGCCCCAGGUGAAUCACAAAAGAACUUCACCCUUCCUUCCUAUCAAAAAUGCCUCUCUUACCACAGUUCUACUGUGAAUACCUUGCGUUUCUCUCCAUCAGGAAAAUUUCUUGCAUCUGGUGCUGAUGGUGGAGAGCUGGUUAUAUGGAAGUUGCACUCAGCAGAUGAUGGGUUGGCUUGGAAAGUUUUUAAGACAUUAUUAUUUCACCGCAAGGAUGUUCUUGAUCUUCAGUGGUCCCCUGAUGGUGGAUACCUUAUUUCCGGGUCUGUUGACAAUUCUAGCAUAAUAUGGGAUGUCAAUAAAGGUUCUGUCCAUCAGAUUUUAGAUGCUCAUUUGCAUUAUGUUCAGGGUGUUUCUUGGGAUCCAUUAGGUUGCUACGUUGCUUCUCUUAGUUCAGAUAGAACAUGCCGGAUCUAUGUAAACAAACCUCAAACUAAGCAAAAGGGCUAUGAGAAUAUUAAUUUUGUGUCUCAAUAUGUUCUGACGAAGUUGGAGGUACAAAACAUGGAUGAUUCUAUGCCUCCGCAGGCAAAAACUCAUUUAUUUCAUGAUGAAACACUGAAUUCCUUUUUUAGGAGAUUGUCGUGGUCUCCUGAUGGGUCAUUUUUACUAGUUCCAGCAGGCAUGUGUAAAUUCUCACCUGCAUCUGAUCCAAUUAAUGCUGCAUAUAUAAUUUCCAGGAAGGAUCUUUCAAGGCCUGCAGUUAAUCUUCUGGGGGCCAGUAAACCCAUUGUAGCGGUAAGAUUCUGCCCAAUUCUUUUCUGUCUUCAAGGAUCUAACACAGCCAGUUUGUUCAAACUUCCUUACCGUGUUAUUUUUGCUGUGGCGACAUUCAAUUCAUUGUACAUUUAUGAUUCCGAGAGUUCUUCACCAAUUGUCAUAGUAGCUGGACUACACUAUGCGGCUAUCACAGAUAUUUCAUGGUCUCCAAAUGCUAAAUAUCUUGCACUCUCUUCUCAAGAUGGGUAUUGUUCUAUUCUAGAAUUUGAUGAUGAUGAACUUGGUGUUCCUUUCUCCUCUGAAG